CUCGACUGCAGUGUGAAAUCAUCGUCCUCCCGAGCCACUUUCUCUGCGUCAGACUCGCUGUACUUUCGGCAAAAGAGACAUCGGACAUCAGUUAUCCGAGGGGGGGGGCCAUACGCAAUGGCCUACAGCUGGGAUAAUCGCGUCAAUUUCAUAGUAAAGUUCCUGUAUGACAUAGAUAACAACGGGUGGUUGGAUAAACACGAUUUUGAAUGCAUGGCAUUGAGAAUGACGUUGAUCGAAGGCAAGGGCGAAUUCAAUUACAAUCGCUACCGAGAGAACCUGCACGUCAUGCUCUCGCUGUGGGAGGAGAUAACCGACCUGGCAGAUUUCGACAAGGAUGGCGUCGUAACGAUAGAAGAGUUCAAAAGAGCCGUGCAAAAUAGUUGCGUGGGUCGCUCCUACAACGAUUUUCCCCAAGCCAUGAAGAUGUUCAUCGAUAGCCACUUCAAGAUACUCGACAUGAACGAGGAUGGCGUAAUUGGUGCCGAAGAAUUUCGAUACGAUUGCGUUUCAAGGAUUGCCGUCGAUAACGUAGACGUCCUUGACAAAGCUUACCAGAGUCUUCUGAACGAUGAUGACAGGAGGCGGGGUGGAUUAACUCUGUCGCGUUACCAGGAAUUAUACGCACAAUUUCUCGGUAACCCCGAUGACAACUGCCCGGCGAUCUAUCUCUUCGGACCGAUCGGGCAAGAAUCGUAAGCGUUUACCGUUCGAGAUUCAACCUAAUUUUACUUGUUCUUGUGGAGAAAAAGACAUGCCAUACACGCGUAAACGCACGCUCGAUCGCUCAUUCAUUGCGUAAUGCAAUUAAAUCAUUGUAACAAGAAAGAGAUCAAGUCAAUAGGAGUCAAGGAAAUAAUACACAGCGUAGUGGUAUGGUACAAACAGGAAAAAAUUUAUUUCUAUUUAUGUGAUAACGCAGUACGAUUUUGCAUGUAAUUUCAGAUACUGGUCUGUGAGCUCUUUCCUUUCUUGUUUGCCCGUUUUUUUAUGUCGAAUCGAUUUAAUCUCUACACACAUACACGCUCUCUCUCCCCCCUACCCUGCUUUAUAAUUUUUUUGUAUUAUUUUGUCGAUACUCAAGCUUCUACACUGAUAUGCAGUCUGCCGUAUUUUCAUAGUGCAGUCGAAAUCGAACAACCAGUCCCAGUUAUGCAUUAUUUACGCAUGCUCUUUACGCGUACGGACUCCAACGGACUAAUACAAUGUGCAUUAAACUUGCGGAAGAUAUCUUCACGGUUAAAUCGACCACGUUUAACCACGCGCGUCAACAGACAUAUAUCAAACUCUUAUACAUUUUACGAUAUAUAUAUACGAUUUAUCAUUAACAUUUAAACGCAGUCAUCUCUCUCUCUCACACACGCACACACUCUCUCAUCUGCACACAAAUACAUUGUAAUAACAAUUCCAAGAGUAUUAACAAUCUCAUCUAGCAAGAUUUAUUUUUCUUUUUAACGCCAUUUUUGGCGAUUGUACAAAAGUUAGUUAUGCUCCAUAUAAAACCACACAAUAUUUCAUCAUGCUAUUCAAGUCCACGACGAAAAGCAAUUUCCUCAAUGUGGAAGCAAGCAUCAAGCACGUUGACAUUGCACAGAGAGAUGUUGAUGAUUAAAUCCAAAUACCGGUGCUUGUGUCGUACGUGAACAAGGGUGACCGUGAGACAAAUUCGUGGUACGUAUUGAGCGCAAGAGUGUCGCACAUUUUACAACUCGCACUAUACACAGUAUACUCUAGCAAAUAGAAUUGACGAUUCUACCACGUUGAAAAUCUAAGCGAUAAAAUAUAAUAGAGA